AUGUCACAACAAUUAUUGAGCCGAUUUUUCUCUAAAAAGGAAACCAAUGUGAAAAAUGAGGCGGUAGCUGAAGAUGCAUGUCAGUCAACCCCAACUUCAAAACUCAGCACAUUCGCAUUCACAGGGACAUCAAGAGCUAAUGAUAAUUCCAAUCCCAAAUCCCGCAAAAGACCAGCAUCAAUUGAACCAACUCCCAAUAAACCUAAAAAGGCUAAAGGCUUGACUGAUUUUGAACAACAAGUACUAGACUUAAAAGUGAAUCAUCUUGACAAGUUACUUUUCAUUCAAAGCGGUUAUCGUUAUAAAAUUUUUGGUAGUGAUGCAGUCACUGCAUCACGCAUUCUAAAUAUAAAAUUAGUGAAUGGUAAAAUCUCAUUUGAUUUUAAAAACCCCUCGAAGGAUGAUCAUUUAUAUUCAACCUUUGCGUAUGCUUCUAUACCUAUUGAAAGGUUGUUAGUUCAUGUCAGAAGGUUGAUUGUCAAAGGUUAUAAAGUUGGUGUUGUAGACCAAGUUGAGACAAAGGCGAUCAGGGAUAAUUCGAAAUCAAAGGGUAAAGUCUUUGACCGUCACCUGUCGAAUGUUUACUCAGCGGGAACUUUUAUCAAUGAUGAAGACCUUGAGAAAAAUGUUAACGGCAAAUCAAUUUUGUUUUUAAACGAAUCAUCUGAUGAUACUCUUUCUGUGGUUUCGAUCAAUGUGUAUAUAACUGAGAUUGCUUAUGAUCAAUUUAAGGAUGAUUUCACCAGAAUCAACUUGGAAUCGAGAUUGCAUCAUUUAGAACCUAUCGAAAUUAUAGCUGUUGGAGAUAUAUCUUCUAAAACGGAGCGGUGUAUCAAAAAUUUUGUUAAAUUCAAUGAGUCACAUACUAGUAAUAUAAAUUAUAUCAGCUUACCAAUGUCAGGGAAAUCAUUUAGUGAUUUGCUAGUUGAAAUUGAAAAAAAAUUCAGAGAUGAUUCUUCCACUUUCUCCUUUUUGUCAUCAUUCAACCAAUCUUUAUUAGAAUGUUUUAAUAAGGCAUUUGAUUAUCUGAACGAAUUUGGUUUAACUGCAAUUUUCAAGUAUUUGGAAAAUUUCAAAAAAUUCUCAGAUAUUGAUAAUUGUACAAUACUAAACUCUCAUGUCUUACAAAAUCUUGAAAUUUUUAGUAACUUAACGACGAAUUCUAAUGAUGGAACGUUAUUUGAGCUUAUAAACUGCACAAUGACCAAAUUUGGUGAGAGAAUGUUGAAAAGCUGGUUACAACGACCUUUGAUUGAUAAAAAUGAUAUCAAUGAUAGACAUGAAGCUAUUGACUCACUUAUGGGCAAAUUAAAUGGCCUACAAAUUGAAAGGGUAAAGUCAGUUUUGAAAAAUUGUCCAGAUUUGGAAUUAAUUUUAUCUAGGAUUCAUUAUGGCAGAUCAAAUAGAAAAGAAGUUUACCUUUUUUUAAAGAAAAUUUCUGAAAUUUUGAAUGUCUUUAAUACUAUGAGGGAUGAACUAAUUAGCCUAGAUGUUUUAAACUCUGCAUUAUUAUUUGAUCUUUUCAACUAUAUCAAGGAGUUAUCGAAGUCAGACUUAGUCGAUUUUAAUGACUAUUUGUCAAUGAUUAACUCACAACAUGCAAUGGAUGCAAAGUCAAAUGACCAUAUCAUUAGAUAUUUUAAUGAAAAGUUUUAUGACUAUCUAGAAAUUGAAAUUGAGAAUGAGGAGAUUUCUAGAAUCGAACAGCUCUUUGAUCAAGAGUUACAAGAGAUCAAAAAAAUUACGAAAGAUAGAGAUACCCAAUACAUUACUGUUUCAAAUGAACCAUACUUGAUUCAAAUCAGAAAAUCGAACGUCAAACAUGUCCCUCCAGAUUGGGUAAGAAUUAGCGCAACAUUGAACUGUGUCAGGUAUAGAACCCCUGAAAUGGUCCAAUUAUACAAAAAAUUACAAUAUCAUCAGGAUUCAUUAAAAAAAACAUGUGAUUCUCUAUUUGUUGAUUUUGUUACCCGCAUUAGCAAUUAUCACAUACAAAUAACUAAAUUAAUCAGAUUACUAGCUCAAUUUGAUUCACUUCUAUCUUUAACUCUUACUUCUCUCAAUUAUAAUUUUUCAAGACCUUUGGUAGUAGAUGUACCGAUUAUUCACAUCAAAGGUUCCAGAAAUCCAAUAGCCGAAAAACUUCUAAAAGAGAAACCUUCAAUUAUACAAAGUAAUGGAUCGUCGAAUCAACUGCACAAAUAUUCCUUGCCAUCUACAUAUAUCGAAAACGAUUUUCAACUAAAAGGUGGAGAUCCAAAGGACAGCUCGAGAAUUGCUUUAAUAACGGGCCCUAAUAUGGGAGGUAAAUCCUCCUUUAUGAGACAGGUUGGAUUGAUUGUAAUUUUGUCACAGAUUGGAUCUUUCAUACCGUGUAGUGAAGGCUCCAUAUUAGGUACGUUUGCUAAUAUCUGUAUUAGGUUAGGAUCUAAUGAUGAUAUAUUUGCAGGAAAAUCUACAUUUCAAGUUGAAUUAUUGGAAUGCAGAAAUAUUUUAGAAACUUGCAUCGAAAAAGACAAAGAUGAAGCUUUAAACAAGAGUGGGAAACCUGGUAAUUCAUUGAUUCUAUUGGAUGAAUUGGGCAGGGGUACAUCGUCUGUUGACGGUUCUAGCAUUGCGUGGUCUGUAUUGGAUUACCUUACUUACGAAAUGUCUGAUACUGUAUUAUGCUUGUUUGUCACCCACUUCAAUGAACUUGAAGCUUUUCAGGAAAAGAGUAAGGGAAUUGUGAAAAAUUAUCAUUUAGGCUAUAAACUCUUGAAUGAUGCUAAUGGUGAGGAAACUGUAAUGUUCACAUAUAAGUUAACACCAGGUUACAGUGCAAGCUCUUUUGGUAUAUAUUGUGCAAGAAUUGCUGGUUUGCCUGAUAAUAUUCUAGCUAAAGCGAAUCAAAUUUCUAAUGAUUUCGAAGUUACCCAUCUGAGAAGAAAAAUCACUCGAAUAGCUAAUAAUAUCAAAAGAAAUGAUGUUGAAAACUUGUUUCAAUUAGCUGAUUCGACCUAA